UUUGUCCUUGUCAUGCUUAAAAAUGUUGGUAAUAAUUUUUUGUUAUCGACUUUGCUCUCCAUUAUGCCGAAAUCUUAAAAUCCUAGUCUUACAAUUUGUGCCCAUUUGUAACACUCAGUGUGAGAAAAGUAUUAGUUUUGGAACUAAUGUCCCCUGUAUUUGAUGUGAAGAAAUUCUUGUUACAGGUUUGUUACUUGUGGAUGAAAUCCGGAGAUUUUUCUAAGCAUAGAAAGACGAACUGUGAGGAUACUGAAGAAGUAAGAUGUCUCAGAAAAGUUGGGAAGAAUUUGAGGGUUCAGAAUGGACUUACUGAAAGUCAUUCUAACCUUAUUCUAAACGGAAUUCGGGACGAGGAGUUAAAGGACAUCAUUCGGAAUGACCGUAGCCUUCUUGAGUAUACCGACUAUUUGGCGAGGUUUAUUGUUGAUCCACAUGACAAAGGUGGGUUUUAAUCAAUCCAUCACUAUUAAAAGUUAGAACCCACACCCCUGUAGGCGCUACGACAUUUACUCUAUUUCCAUUUGCUCUAUGACCAUUUGCCGUA